AUGCCAAAAGACUUGUAUAUGUGUCAACUUUGCGCGAAUCAUGGUCAAUACAAUCAGCCAAAGAAGGGGCACAAACAAAAAUGCCCAAAUCGGGAUUGCAUGUGUUCACUCUGUUCGUUGAACAUGAAGAGACGUUUUCUGGACAGAAUUGAACGGCAAAUACGCAAAGAAAAUGACGGUGAACAUCAAAAUUCUGAAAAUGUUGAGAAAUGUGCUGACAAUAAAGCUUUGGACAAAAUGUCUACUUCUAAUUUUCCUCAGUCAACACCUCAGUCUACUCAAAAAACAAAAAAUAAAGAACAACAAAAAUGUCAAAAACAUUCCAAUCCAAAACACUCAACUCUACAUGUAUUCCAUUCUAUUGAAUUGUUACUGGCUGGAUGA